AUGUCGGCUCACGUACCUCAGCUUACCUUACUCGUACAAGCAAAGUCAGUGGAGGUGGACGAGGCGGCUUGCCCGGCGUGGAGAGUGGAUAUCAGCCUUGACGGACUCAUCAUAUCGAAGGACAUCAUCUUCUGGGACCCUUUGACUGCUUCGCAAUCUUCCGAGUUGAGAUGGUAUCUAGAACGUUAUGCGACAACUGCGACUCUGGAAAGAGCCAGAGCUUACAAUGCUUCAAGGAUCGUCUCGGGCUACGGUGCGCUACUAUUCGAAGCCCUGCUUCUUUUCCGUGUGUCAAGCAGGAUUAAUAAGAUUGCGAGGGCGCCAGCUGCAUGGUUAAACAUUGACGUACGCGAGCUGAUGGACGCUCAGUCGAUAACGCCCGCAACUUUCCACCGCAUCCAUUGGGAAUCUCUGGAGGUUUCAGAACUCUGGAAAGUCCCAGGUUUGACUAUUGCCGUGCGCAGAGUGGUGGAUCAAGCCAGUCUUCCGGUACAGACACGUAUCCGCACCCUAGCAGCUCCUGUUUUGAACGUCCUUCUUGUGGUCGCCCGUCGGACAGAUUAUGACUCCACUUCACGCAGAGAUAUCGAUCCAAGCAUUGCCUCACGGAAUCUGGAAGUGGUGCAGAACAUUCUCGAGAGAACAAAAGCUCCUUAUCGACUCAACUUGGAGAUUGUUCGUCCGGGAACGUUCUCUGCGUUUGAGAGACAUGUCAAAUCCAGACAGGUAGGAUUUUUCCAUCUUGUUCAUUUCGACCUACAUGGAAAGAUCGGGAUGCGACAAGGAGUAAAAGUAGCCUUCCUCGAAUUCGCUGCGGCGAACAGACCCGGACAACUCUCGGCGGUUUCGGCCCAGAACGUGGCACGUGUCUUGAUAGAGGCAAACAUCCAGGCGGUUUGUCUGAAUGCUUGUGAAUCAGGACGCGCAAAUGCCGGGCAAGAUGCAAAUCUUGCUAAAAUUCUGGUUGCCAAAGGUGUGCAAAAUGUCCUUGCAAUGUCUUACAAAUUGCUCGCCAGUGGUGCCGAGAUCCUCCUACAGUCCUUCUACAAGCACUUAUUGGUGCACGGGGAGCCGUUCGACGUAGCCGCAAGCUAUUGUCGAGCCAGCAUGCGGCAUCACACUGCUCGGAACGCUAGAUUUGGACACGAAGUUCUCAUUUAUGAUUGGGUUGUUCCUGUCAUCUACUGUCACCGUUCGGCCAAGGGGUCACAACCAUGGCAAGUUGGCUCUUGCGUCGGUACAAGGUCUCAGAUCCCAAUGUCCCCCGCGGCUGCGAAAGUUACUUCUUCUUCUUCUGCUAUAGUCGGACCAGAGGAUGAAAGCAUCUUCUCCCGCCUGACUGGAAGAGCCUUUGACAGUCUCAGAUUCGAACAAGUAUCUCUGACAUCUAAGAUUGUUGCAUUAUCUGGACCAGCAGGCAUAGGAAAGACAACAUUUCUCCGCAGUAUUCUCCGUUUCUGGGAGCGAACAAACUACAUUGGAAGCUACGACUUCAUGAAUACCGACAUGUUGAGUGGCUUUGAGGACUCAAGAUUCUUGAGCUACAUUAUUGGCGCUUUAUUGCCUGCCGACACUAUGGACUCUGACGCGGCUCUCUCGGCUCUCCAGGACCCGGCAACCCGGUUCGAGAACUGGGUCCACGACCAUAUAAUGCGAAAUAUAUCAUCGAAGAGGAGGGUGCUGGUUUUCGAUCAAUUGGAUCUCAUGUAUUCUGAAUUUUCUUACUGGGGAGGGUGGUCCAAGCGAAAGAGGUCGCUAUUCGAACUACUCCUUAACGCAUUCAACACCUACCCUCAAGCUGCCGGAUCGCCACCCAAAGUGACCAUUAUCCUCGUGCUUAGGAGAUCUGAUCCUGUGUGGUUGGCGAGGCAUUUCAGUUCCUUGCUGAAUAUCGACAAAUUCGAGCUGCCGCGCUUGUCCUUCACGGACUCUGAGGAGUACGUUACGACUAUACUCUCUGUUCCUCUUCAGGUCAGUGGCUGCAGAAGUCAUUCUGAAUCAGAAGCUCUGGGGAAUAUCAUAGGUCUUUCGACCGGCAAUCCUCUCUUCUUGCAACAUGUCUUCACGCUCUACCUGGCAGAUACUGCACCAAAGCGGGCAUGGCUGCCGUUCUUUCCCGAAAAGUACUUUGGUGCCUCCCCCAGGAGGUCAAAGAGUUUACAGCAAUACAGCAGCAGCCUACAUUUCCAUGUUGUUCCGAAACUGGCUCAGGGCGCUUCCAUCCGGCCACGCUUUCUGUACGAACUGGAAGCAAUCAUUACUGGUGCGCCGGAGAUCAUGGUGGCCAUAUGGGCCUUACUGAGCCUGUAUUGGCACACAGGACCGCGUCUUUCGCAGCUCGCCACCAGUGUCCAAAGACUCACCCUAGAUGGAGACGAUGCUGGUAUUGCAAGAAAUCUCGUAGAUUCGCUCGUUGUUGCACAAGACCGAGGUUUUCUAUUGCUGGAUGAUGUGACUCUAGCCAUGGGGGUGCUAGCAUUUGUGGGCGACGCACGAGUGGCCUGGAUUCACCCGCUUUUUACUAUCACGAUGCGGGCAAUGCUGUUUUCCACAGCGUUGAUGUCGCCAUCGCACCGCUACUUCAACCACCUUGAUAGCAUUCGAUGGAUUUUAGGCGCAUAUUCACCGCCGACAUCGAGCGGCAACUUUAGCAAAGCAUUGGUGAUGGAGUUCUUGGAAAGCAUUCAUGACAGAUCCUAUGAAACGAUUCUCGAGGACAGGAAAGGCAACGUCUCAUCAGAAACGACGGAUGCUAGCUUACGGCCAAUGUUGUACAAUAUGUUCUCAGCUAUGCAGAUCUGUGCAAGUCAGAAGCCACUGGUACCAGUACAUCUAUGGCCAAUUUACCAACUCAUAGUUGCAUCUCCGCACCUCAGUCUAGCACUCUCUUCUGGAGAACGGUCGAUGUCAUUACGACUCUACGAGCAGAUCCUGUACAGGUUUCUGGAUCAUAACGACGAUUAUGCAAUACCUCACCAUUAUCAACCUUUGCUAAUGUUCAUCUGCGGCUCUCUUGUCUCAUUCUUACAGCCAGGUCCCUAUUUACCAACUGCCAAAGCAGAGAAGGUGGGAAGAUUGGUGAAGAUGGCUCUCCAAGCAUCGGAAGAUGCUUUCGGGCCUAUGUCGGGACUGCUACUUAUUCGCAUGAAAGCCGUCCUAUACGCGAACGAAGGGCGCCUGCUUAUUGCCAAAGGGGAAGAGCAAGAGGCCAAACGCGCGGAGUUAAGAGCUUUCUCGCUUUGGAAAGAGUCACUAGCUAUAGAAACACAAAGGACCGAAGCCGACGAGCUAGGACUGGAUACGAGACCAAGGCGUUGGAGCGCAGAAGAGGCGGAAGUCCGCGGAUUCGUAACUGAAGACCUGCUCGACCGCUAUCGGUACCUGAAGGCGGCAAGAACAAUACUUGAGCAGGGACCAAACAUUCCUAUCCGAAUGGCAUACUCACCAGGCCUUCGGGACUGGCAGCCGUCGCAGGCUCUGAUCGCCUGGGCUAUGAAUCAAUCAGAAGGACGAGAGCCUAUGACCCCAGAAGGCGUCAAGGACGCUCUCAUGGCUGUGGCAACAAGGGAGUGGGAGAUUUCUACAGCCGGUGCAGCCAUAAGCAAUAUGGACCCUUUUGUAUUGGAGGAGACACCGAGGAGAUACGUCAGUGUCAAACUCGACAACUUCGAGUUGCAACUAAAGCUUCGACUUCUGGAUGAAGCGAUGGACAUAGAUGACUGGCUCCGCGCGGCAAAUCUGUACUACGACUUUGCUCUUCGUCAAGCGGUCAUGGAGGAGGGAGAUUCUCAGAACUACUGGGCCUGCAUCGCAGACAUGUGUCGCCUGUACGAAGGUGAAGACGAACAACAACAGUACAUUGUCGAAUUGUCUGAAAUCGCGGACUGGCACAACAAGCGCCUACGACUUCCCUACUUGUUUGACGAGAUAAACGACACCCUGAGAAAUCACACCGCGAACGAAGCUCUAAAAGCCAUGCUGGAGACGCUGGAGAUAUUUCAAAGCAUGGGAUUAGAUUGGCGCUUCGUGACGAGAGCCACGCUGUCCAUAGAGCGAUUCAAGGAACACCUCGACACCCACUUUGAACAGAAGAAGGGCCCGGAAGGUUUUCCACUUCUCAGUGCCUAUGAUUCAGUUGUGGACGAGUACACAAUGCGUGAGCCAGGUUCUCAUAUGAUGGCAAAGGUUCUAAAAGACUAUAAGAACGACCAAGCGAGCGUCUCGCCAAGUACAAGCGGAUUAAGGCUGGUGGAUGCAUUGACUCACGAGCGUUUGUGCUGGUUAGAAAACUUUGCCUCGACUGAUAUUUCAGGGGGCCAGUCACGGUCGCAUAACACCCCCCGUGGUCGACUAAUGCUUCGAAAGGCGUGGAAACAAGCAAUGAACGAGAUCGGAGCGCCUUUCGAUGCGUUAUCAAUACCGGACUCUGAGCAUGAGCUCGCAGACAAGUAUGACCAUCUCCUAGAGUCACUCAUUCAGGAGUCGUCCCAGCCGAUCAUCGUCGCGGAAUCUCUCGAGAGAGCGGGAUACUUCGAGGCCGCUGCGCAGGCCUUACAGCUUCUGCAACCGCGAGGCUUCACCAUCACAUCUGUGUUCUGGAGGAGACGCGAAGAACUCGAGUUGAAAUGGUGUAACUCUCUAUGCGAAAGGAUCCUCGAGCAGGAAUCACGGGGGGAUUUCGACGGGGCUGGCCGCGAGACGGAGAGUCUGGCCGCAACGUACGAUCGGGGAUGCUUCGCGCACCUGGAAACAAUGGCCGUUGGCGAAAUCGAAGCGAUAAUCGAAUGUUUCCGCUGCAGAGUUAAGCAUGCGAGAAGCAGAGACUGGAGUUCCGCGGCAAAAGAGGUAGAUCACAUGAGUGACAUCUUGAAGACGACUUCCAGCUUGCGGCUCUCUCUCAAAGCAAAAGCCUUAUAUGAGCUGAAAAGGGCUUUUGAUGCUAGAGGGACUUAA